AUGGCUGCCGCUAUCAGCAUUGCCUGGCUGAGUCCUGCGUUCCCGAACAGCCACUCGACCGCUGAGGAACAUGUCAGAUCAGAGGGCCGCAGGCAUGAGGCCAUCCGUGUGCAGCCACCCGGAAGCGAGGUGCAGGAGCUGCGCUGCCCCAACCAGCGCUCGCGGAGCAACAGCCGAGUCUACUGCGAUAACCAAGGCACGUGGAGAAGGAACAGCAGGCCAGGACCGAGUCCGGGUCCUUCUCCUCGUCGAAUUCCCAGACUGAGGCCAAGCAGAACCAACGACACCUCCCACGGGUUCAACCGCACCAUCGCUUUCUGCCUGUGA